ACUAAAACUGGUAUUGCAUUAUUAUAUGAUGAAGGGUCUGAAAAUGCCUAUGACAUCCAACUGAAGCUUACAAAAGAAGUACUGACAAUUCAAAAACAAGAUGUCAUCUGUGUCAGUGGAAGUGAUCACAGUACAAAUCACAGAACUGUUACACUUCAUAGACAACCAGUUGGUGGCUUGGGCUUAAGUAUAAAGGGUGGUGCCGAGCACAAAGUGCCUGUCGUCAUAUCAAAAAUAUUUAAAGACAAAGCAGCUGACCAAACAGGAAUGUUAUUUAUAGGAGAUGCACUACUACAGGUUAAUGGCAUAAAUGUAGAAAGUGCUACCCAUGAAGAAGUGGUACACCUACUGCGAAAUGCUGGCGAUGAAGUUACCAUCACUGUACAGUACCUCAGGGAAGCUCCAUCAUUUCUAAAGCUCCCAUUAGGUUCCCCUGGACCAUCCAGUGAUCACAGCAGUGGCGCUUCCUCUCCUCUCUUUGACAGUGGUUUACAUUUGAAUGGAAACACAACCAACACAGCUCCAUCAUCACCUUCCUCACCAAUAGCUAAUGAACCAAAAUAUGAGAAGCGCUGGCUAGACACUCUAUCAGUUCCUCUGUCAAUGGCUCGAAUCUCAAGGUACAAAGCUGGAACAGAUAAAUUAAGAUCUAAUGCAUUUGAAGUGCUGGCACUCGAUGGAGUUAGUACUGGAAUACUUCAGUUUUAUACAGCGCAGGAAAGUGCUGACUGGCUGAGAGCAUUAGCAACUAACAUCAGUGAUUUGACACUUCAAAAUAUGAAAAUGGCAAAUAAAUGCUGCUCUCUGUCAGAUCAGGUUAUUCAUAUGGGCUGGGUAAAUGAAAGACUUGAGGGAACUGAUUCAUCUCAGCUCUACAAAUACAAGUUCCUGGCACUGAAAGGAUCAUCCUUCUACAUUUUCAGUACUCCACCGGUAAGCACACUAGACUGGAUACGAGCUGAAAAAAUCUAUCACCUCUGUGAGGUUCUAUUUAAAGUUCACAAGCUCUGGCUUGCUGAUGAUUGCUGGCUACAAGCAAACUUAUAUUUAGGUAUUCAUCAGGACUAUGCGUUUGAAGACCAGAGGCCAUAUUGUUUCAGUGUCAUGGUUGGACAUGGCAAGAGUCAUUCUUUUAACGUAGAGCUGGGCAGUGAGCUUGUGGCAUGGGAAAAAUCAUUUCAAAGAGCAAUUUUCUUGGAAGUUCAAAGAACAGGGUCUAAAACAUAUAUGUGCAGCUGGCAAGGAGUAGCCCUGUGUUUCACAGUUGACUUUGCCUUGGGAUUCACCUGUUUUGACAGUAAAACAAAGAAUGUGCUCUGGAGGUUUAAAUUCUCUCAACUCAAGGGAUCUUCAGAUGAUGGAAAAACAAAAGUAAAGCUGCUUUUUCAGAAUAUAGACACCAAACAAAUUGAGAUGAAGGAACUUGAAUUUCAGGAUCUCACUGCAGUUUUACACUGUAUUCACUCCUUCAUAGCAGCAAAGGUGGCAUCCCUGGAUCCUGUAUUUAUAGACAGCCAGAGCAUUGCAAGAAAAUACAUGUACAGUAACUGAAAUCCAAUUAUGUGUUGUGAUUAUUGCAAAUAAAUUAUUUUCUUAAAGAAAUGAGUUAUUUCAUGAACAAUAUUGGAAUUCUGUGUGAUUUUAUAAGGAGCUUAUAGUUGUGCUAUCAAUAAAAAUGCUACUAGUUUUCAUGUUUUGUUUAGCAUUGUUAAAUCUCAUGAGUUAACAAAUAUUAUUUCAAACUGAGUCCAUUUGUUUUCUUUAAUAUUAAUCUAAAUCCCUGAAUGAAAAUGUCCAUACCAUAAUAUUGCUAAUGUUAUUUUGAUUUUUCUCUCAGAAGUUGCAUCAUGAAGUAAUAUAGAAAAAGAUUUGCCUGUUGUGUGCCUGAAGUUAGGCUCCUAAUCUUUGUCAUGGAUUUCAAAUGGGCUGAGCACAUAGAAACUUCCAUAGGCUUUGCUAUGAAAGAAAAGGGUAAGAUUUUCAAAAGUAUAUAAGGAAGUUAAGUGCAAUGUACUUCUAAUUUGCUUAGAUGCUUUUGAAUAUAUGAUCCCGAGAUACAUAUAUAGGGUUCCAGAGGAACUGCUUCUUCAAAAUGCUUUCUAUCUUACCCUGAUCCAGAAAAGUGCCUACCCACAUGCUUAAGUCUGAGAACAUAAGUAGUCUCAGUUAAGGGAUUGUAAAGUUAAGCACAUGUUUAAGUGCUUUGAGAGGUCCUGUGAAGAGUGUUAAUUGCUCAUGUCAGGCCAGGCCUCAGUUAGCCUAGUACCUUAGAAGAUUUGAGCCCUAAAUUUGGAUUUAGGAUCCUAAUUUGAAAUUCUCAUUUUUGAAACCUUAGCCAUGGGUUUCUUUGCUGUCUAUUGACAAAUGUCCUCAUUACUCAUUCUUCCACUCAUUCAUGUAUAGCAUGUGUGCCCCAUCUUUGGUUAUUCUCCUAUGUAGUCAUGAUUAGCUUCUUAAAAAAAACUCUUUUGUUUGUGUAUUGUAAGGUUUGGGGUAGAUGUAUCUACCCACAGACUUUUUCAUCUAAAGACUGUAGGCAGGUCAAAUUUUCAUGUCGUAAGUUUGCACAUAAAUCAAGCUGACAUUAAUGAGGGAUUUCUGUGCUUACCAAGGAAAGAAUAUGGCUUUGCUUGGGACUUGUUCUAACCUACUUCUGCACGGUAUAUCUAUUCUGAUUAAAACAUUUUCCUAAAUGUACAGGUAAUAUUCAGAAACAAUAAUAACAUUAUUAACAGAAUAAUACUGCUCCAAUAACAGAAACAUACUGCUCCAAUAAAAAACAGCUCUUCUCAAGUUGAGUUCUGCGACAGCAUCAGAUACUAAACAAAAUGACAGACUGAAAACACUAAAACCAAUUAUAGUUAUAUUAUAACAAUUUUUAAUGAAGAGAUAACAUCAAGGCUAGCAUUUUCAAUUACAAUGUUUGUUAUUUGCACCAAGAUGUUAUAGAAGAGAUAUGUGCUUUUGCCAACCAAACAUAAGAGAUAUUUAUUUUUAUUUACUGUAAAUAAAUAUUUAUAAGCAAUAUGAUCUUCUAUUUUCAACAAAUGUUAUUUUAAUUUUAUAUUAAAUA